AUGACUUCUGAGCCCCUAAAUAUCAAUGGCACGAGGUUGAACAGCACGUUACAAGAAACAUGCACUUUAUACGGCGCUCUGCCAGCACCAUCAACAGGAAUGUGCCGUCUGACAUUAACCCCCUCCGAUAAAGCCGCUCGAGACUGGCUAGUCAGCGAAUGCCAAAGUUUAGGAUGCGACAUCAAGAUUGAUCAAAUGGGCAACAUCUUCGCCAUACGUCCAGGGACCGCUAAAGACAAAGCGCCAAUCGGUAUGGGCAGUCACAUGGAUACUCAACCGGCGGGUGGGAGGUACGACGGCAUACUAGGCGUCCAGUCUGCCCUAGAGGUCCUCCGUAUCCUCCACGAAAACAACACCCAAACACAUUGUCCCAUGGCGCUGAUAAACUGGACAAACGAAGAAGGCGCGCGCUUUCCCGGCGCAAUGAUGGCCUCAGGUGUCUGGAGCACACACAGUAUCACGCCUCUAGAAUCCUGUCAUGCUCUCCAAGAUACAGAGGGCAUACGCAUGAAAGACGCUUUACACUCGACCGGCUACCUAGGUCCAACUCCUUGCGAUUAUCGCCAAAACAGUCUCUCCGCGCACUUUGAACUCCAUAUCGAGCAAGGACCUAUUCUGGAGAAAAAAGGGAAAAGCGUGGGUAUCGUGACGAGUGUACAGGGUAUGAAGUGGUUUGCGAUUAGGGUUACAGGACGAGAAGGCCAUUCCGGUACGACGCCCAUGGCAGGCAGGGCCGAUGCGCUGGUUACAGCGUCACGGCUUAUAACCGCCGUGCGUGAUACCGCACUCCAGAGUGCCAGCCUGGGCGUUGCAACCGUUGGUGUUAUCAGUAGUGAUACGUCAUCGCAAGCUACUAUACCCGCUGGAGUGGCGUUCGUCGUAGAUGUAAGAUGUGAUACCGACGCCCUCGUUACUCAACUAUCCGACGAGAUACUGCAGGCAUUCGAUCGAGUCAUCAGUGAGGAGGACAAUGGGACGGCAUACCGCGUAGAACGUACGUGGGGUUUACCGGAGUCGAAAUUCCACACGGAUUGUAUUGGGGCUGUGAGGAAGGCGGCGGUCGAGCAGGUGGGUCAAGAUCAGGUUAUGGAGAUGAAGAGUAGAGCAGGACAUGAUAGUGCGUGGACGAGUAGGGUGUGUCCGACUAGUAUGAUUUUCGUGCCGAGUAGAGAGGGCAUCAGUCAUAAUCCGGAGGAGUACACGAGUCCGGAGCAUUGUGCGUUGGGGGCACAAGUUUUGCUUGACGCUGUGCUCGAGUAUGACAAUAGAGUGAGGUAUGGGGAGAUUGGAGCCUGGGAGUUAGCAGCUGGGUUGGAAUAA